AUGGAGAAGCUCAGGCGGAGUCAGCGCACGACGAAAGGCGUCGCAGCGCCAAAACUCGGGUACACAGACACCCAGUCCUACGCUGGUGCUAGUGGUGGAGAUGACAGGAUGACCGAAAGUAGGAGCCAAGCCGUCACCGCGAAUUCAGCUGACAGGCUCAGGGCCAGGAUAGCCGUGUUACAAGCGGAACAGGCUGUGGCGGAAAAGCGGCUGGAAAUCGCCCGGUUGACGGAGCAGGCGAUGUCGGAAGCCGAAGGGACGUUGAGGGAAAGGUCCGUUGAGACCUCCAGCUCUCCUGCGAUGCGAGAAGAAGUCUUCCAGGAAGCGGGUGAGUUGCAUGAGGCGGUUGCAGCCCAAGAUACGUCGCUUAUCGACUUUGACGAUGAUGUAGUUGCACCUAGUUCAGUUGCUGUUCCAACACCAACAGAGUCACACACGGUAGUCGGUGUAGAAUCUCAGCCAUCAGAAGGAGAGGCUUCCCAUAGAUCUACGCACGGAACGUCAGAAUCAGCAGUAGGUCUACACCAUGCAGAGGCCUGUCAGGCUAGCACACCACCACCGGUAGACGUAGUGAUAGACGCACAUGUAGAGAGGGACUCAGAUGUCCAGCAUGUCCGUGCAUUCACUCCGGCACACAGCUACCACUACCAGGCACCGCCAUGCGUAGUCCAAGAUCCGAUUCAUGAACACCUGAAUGAACCUCCGUUUCAUCAACCAGAACCGCAGGCACAGGCACAGACACAGGUACUUCAAAGAACGAUUGAACACACCACUGCUGUUGUAGCCGAUGCCACUUACGCUGACUAUCUAAGCGAGUCCAUUCAGCGGGGAAUAGGGCCCGAGCCCUGGGAUAGGACAUUCGUAGAGCGUCAGCAACUGCCGAGAUCCAGUACUGGCAGUAGUCUACGCAGUGUAGAACGUGAGUUCCGGGCCAAGGAAGUUGCGUAUCAGCAGCAACUACUACAGCUUCAGACGAUGAUCGAUGAAUCCGCGAUCGUCGAGAAGCGGCGCCAGCGAGACGCUUACGCACUGCAGACGAACCUAGAGGAAGCUGAGGCGAGUAGGGCAAUGGUCGAGCUAGCGUGCGACAAGCAAGCCAGGGAUCUUGCGGCAGAACGAGAACGCAACGAUGAGCUGGCCCGAUCGAUGACAGAGCUGAGGCAGCGGCUAUUCGCAGCGGAGUAUGCCCUACGAGAAAGCCGUGCCAGACAACGACGAGCGCCGAAGUCUGGUAGUGUCACUGAGCCUGUUAGAGAAGUACAAGGCUUACCGGUAGUGCAACCACAGCCUGCACAGGUCCACGAGGAGAGACGUGGGCGCUGCGAGUCGACCGCAAGCACAAGGCAUAGCGGUAUCCCGAGCACUACGUCACCCAGUCACCCACACGCAUCCAUGCCAGUACCCGCACCACGAAAGCACCGUCGCGACACGAGUGCACGUGCACGCGGCUACAUGACAGUCUCAGACUCCGACUCAGAGUCAGGGCCGCGUGGAUACUCUAGUGCCAGAGCUACGGAGACGUGUACCGGUGGUAAGGGCGCAGCAAGUAAGGCGAGUGAGGUCGAAGACGCGUACAUGAGUGGUUGUACCUCUACUACCGGUACUAUUACUGGCAGCACAGUUAACAGCAAUCCUGCGCGUCAGAUGGCAGACCUGGCCAGUGAGUUUGUAGGUGCAAUCACCCAGGCCCUACGUCAAGGGCAGACCUCCCAGGUCGAGAAUAGUAACGCUGGCAUCAGACAGCUGGCUGCACGCCAAUCAUCCACCAGCAGCAAGCUGCCAAUCUUCUCUGGCAAGCCGGAGGAAUGGCCCGCGUUCCUCGCGCUGUACCGAAGCAGCACGGAGCAAUGCGCAUACUCAAACGCAGAGAACGUCCAGCGCCUGCAGACCUGCCUGAAGGGACCAGCCCAGGAGGCAGUACAGCUGCUCCUGGCCGUGCCAGACAAUGUAGACGAGGCCAUCCGGACACUGGAGCGUCGUUUCGGCCGGCCGGAAUUGGUAGUGAAACAGCUAAUCGAGCAGGCCAAGGCGCUGAAGCCAGCCAGAGCAGAGGACACGGACGCCCUGCACUCCUUGGCCACAUCUGUGAGGAACAUCGUCCUCACUAUGCAGCUGCUAAAGAGCCAUGGCCACAGGAACAACCCUGCGCUCCGUGAUGAGCUGGUGGCCAAGCUGUCGCUCCCCCAUCGAAUGCAGUGGGGCGAGUAUGUGAAGGCCAAGGGCCUUAGUACGGAUGAACUAGACCUUGGUGUCUUGUCUGAGUGGUUGGCCGAACGAGCGGAAGCCGCCUCUCUGGUGACACCAACCUCCACCAAGACGGCCGCCGUUCAGCCAACCCCACCGCCUAGAAGGUCAACGACCCUGGCCGCAGUAACAGCGGGCACUACCCGCGACGCCACCUCUGACUCCCCAAGGAAGAAGAAGAGCUGCAGGAAGUGCAUGGAAGAGCACGCAAUGGCGCAGUGCAAGGAGUUCCAACAGCUACCCGUCCAGAAGCGAUCAGAGCUGGUGCGCCUCUUGGGCCUGUGUGUGAACUGUCUACAGGACGGCCACUUCGCCAGAAAUUGCACCUCGAGCCACUGCAGGAAGUGCAAAGGCAAGCACAACACGCUGCUCCACAGGGACGACUCUGACAGGCCUAGCAGCGGUAGCCAACAAAACGCCGCUCGCACCAACAUCGCGAAUAUGGCUUCUGCAGCGAGCGCCCUGCAUGCCGAAACCCCAGCAAACCUACCAGCUCUGAUGACGACUGUGGGGACAGUGAGAUGUGGAGACGUCGAGCUACAAGCAACGAUCAUGCUGGAUUCUGGGUCCACCUGCAGCUUCAUCACCACCGACAUGGCUGAGAAGCUGAAUGUCCCACCCGGUGAGACCACGUCCGUGCGCACGACUGUUCUCGGUGGCAGCUGUCUGCAGCACGAGUCCAGGAUCGCUCCCAUAGAGAUCUGUCACAAAGACUCAACUGCAACAACCCCAGUGCAGGCGGUCGUUCUCCCUCAGAUAACCGCCGACAUGCAACGUGUGGACUGGGAUGCGCAGAAGGCAAGCUGGCCACACCUGCGCGGGAUGAAUCCGGAUACCCCAGCUAACCCAACUGUGGACAUCCUACUGGGCCUUGACGUUCCACAGUUGCACGCCUCGCUAGCCGAACGCCGUGGGCCUGGCCAUGGUCCAAUCGCAAGAAAGACACCACUCGGAUGGAUUUGUUUCGGUCUCCUGGAGGGGAGCGGAACAUCGGCGGAACCAACCGUCUACCACGCCACACAUGCCGCGACCGCAGAGCCCACCGAGCCAACCCUGGAGCUGAAUGCCAUGGUGCGUAGCAUGUUCAAUUUAGACACCAUCCGCUCUACAGCCACGGGAGAGACCAUGUCUCGAGCUGAGCGUGAAGCCGAGAAGGUGACUGACGACACCAUGAGCCUCAACUACAACCGUGUCACCAUUGGCAUCCCGUGGGUCGCUGAAGACAGAAAGCCUCACGUGACCUCGAACAGACCGAUGGCCCAACAACGACUGGCGAGUCUCCAACGGUCCCUGUACAAACGACCUGAGCUCGCAGCAGCGUACGCCGGUGUCAUCCAACAGUACCUGACGAAGGGGUAUAUCCGCGAGGUGCCCGAGACGGAAGUGCACAACGAUGCGGAUGACCAGUGGUUCCUGCCCCACUUUCCCGUGAUCAAGGAGGACCGCACCACCACCAAGGUGCGGAUAGUGUUUGACGCGGCGGCCAAGAAGAACGACGUCUCGAUCAACGAGGAGAUGCACGCCGGCCCAGCACUACAGAACAACAUCGUGAGUUGCCUACUCAAGUUCUGUAAGGAACCUGUGGCUCUGAUGGCAGACAUCAGCGAGAUGUUCCUGCAAGUGGAGCUGGCUGAGAGAGACCGCAGGUAUCACCGAUUCCUGUGGGAGGUCGACGGAAGAGCCAAGGUGUUCGAAUUCCAGCGAGUGUGCUUCGGGUGUAAGGCGUCGCCAUACCUCGCCGGAAAGGCCGUCCAGGCUGUCGCGGCCACCUAUGCCGCCGAAGGGUCACCCACACACACCAUCAUCAUGGACAACCUCUAUGUGGACGACCUACUCGCGUCUGCGCCAACGCCAGAGGCGGCGGUGGGCCUACGUACUGACGUCCAGGAGACACUGGCCAAGGGAGGUUUCCAUCUACGGAAGUGGAUGUCGAACAGUGCAGAGGUCAUGAAGUCUGUGCCAGAAGCCGACCGGGCGCCGAACACGCUGAUCUCGGUAGCUGACCACCAACACCCCACGCUACCCUGCGUGAAGACGCUAGGAGUCGCCUGGGAUGCUGAGAGCGACCAUUUCACGUUCAAGUACCAGGUGCCCGUCAUCACGCAGUACACCAAGCGCACUGUCCUGAGCAAGAUGGCCUCUCUGUUUGACCCACGAGAGCAAGUGUCACCCUACACCAUCCGAGCAAAGGUCAUGUUCCAGGACGCCUGCCUCCGCGGGCUGGAAUGGGAUGAGGAGUUCGCAGAGCCUGAGGCUAAGGGUUGGAGGAAGUUCUUCGAGGAACUGCCCAAGCUAGAAGCCGUGAGAGCCACCAGGUCAUUCAAGGACCCAGACCGGGAUCCGGCCGAUGCAGAGCUCAGCCUCCAUGUGUUCGUUGACGCAUCCGACGCAGCAGUCGCAACAGCAGUCUACGUACGGGCGAGUUAUCCAGACGGCAUGGCUCGGUCCACGCUGGCCAUGGCCAAGGCUAAACCAGCCCCGCUACACCGACAGUCGAUCCCCAUGCUUGAGCUACGAGCAGCUGUACUCGGCGCCGAGGUAGCCGAACAAGUCGCCCAAGCCCUCGGCAUCAGCUCGUCCGACAUCACGUACUGGAGUGAUAGCCUCAAUGUCCUGUACUGGCUUCGCUCACACAGCCGCCGUUUCAAAGUCGAGGUGGGCAACAGGGUCAGCAAGAUCGAAGCACUGUCGGACCCCCGUCAGUGGAGGCACGUUCCGACAUCAAUCAACCCUGCGGACAAGGGCACCCGGGGCCUAUCUGCAGCCCAGCUCGCAUCCGAUGACGACUGGUGGCAUUGCCCGAAGUUCCUACGCGGACCCGAGAGUGCAUUCCCGGCGCGGCCGAUCGAGGUUCCCAGUAGUCUGCCGGCAGAGCUGAAGAAGCGAUCCGCUAUGUCGUUCAGCGCGGUUCCAGGGAAGUACCAGCUUGACCCCUCCAACUUCUCGUCUUGGACGCGGCUCAUCCGUGUCACCGCUUGGUGUCAGCGCUUUGUACGUAACGUCCGUAUACCGAGGGAGGCUGGCGCCAACAGACCAACACCCGCUCCACGACGCAAGUUUGGAUCUGCCAAGUCAGUGAACGGUAUGACAGUACCCGAUCUCUCCCCUGCAGAGGUCCAGGCGGCCGACGUGUUCUGGGUACGGAAGGCCCAGGAGGAGGUGUAUGGCAAGGUCAUCAAGCGACUGGAGUCCGGCAAGGAACCCGAUCCCAACGAGCCAUUGCUGAAGCUGCGACCCCAGCUGGAGGAGGUACAUGGCACAACCGUACUGACGGUCGGUGGGAGACUCACCACUGCACACCAUCUGCCGCUGACGACAAGACACCCCAUCAUCCUGCCACCGAAACAUCGGGUCACAGCCCUGAUCGUGGAUGACGAAGACGAGAGAUGUCAGCACUCCAUGGGUCCCAACCACCUGCUGGCCAACCUCAGCAACCGGUACUGGCUGAUAAACGGGAAGUCCGUUGUGCGACAGCAUCGCCACAGGUGCGUCAAGUGCCGACGAGGCUACGCGAAGGCUUUGACUCCAAUCAUGGGAGGGUUGCCGGAUUACCGGACCUCGUCACCACUUAUCGCCUUCAGCAAGGUGACCAUCGACUUUGCCGGUCCAUUUCUGACGCGCCAGGGACGAGGCAAGGUGCAGCAGAAGCGGUAUAUCUGCGUAUUCUCGUGCCUGCUGACCAGAGCAAUACAUCUGGAGCCCGUCAACUCGCUCGACACAGAUGGGUUCUUGAUGGCGAUGACCCGAUUCUGCAAGAGGCGUGGAACCCCGGAGUUCAUAGUGACAGACAACGGGUCGAACUUCACCGCCGCAGAGCGACAGCUGCGCGAAGCCACCUGCACGAUAGAUCAAGACCGCCUAACCACCCACUCCGAGCUGCGAGAUGUACAGUGGCAUUUCAACCCACCGAGAACGCCCCACUUCGGUGGUGUAGUAGAAACGAUGGUCAAGGCAGUCAAACGCGCACUCUGGCAUGUGCUGCACCAGGCUGGCCUCACGGAUGAGGAGUUCUCAACAGCGCUGGUACAUGCCGAGGCAAUGCUGAAUUCCCGUCCCCUUACCACCGUAUCAUCUGACAGCGACGAUCCAGAAGCGUUGACGCCAAACCACUUCCUGAUGGGACGCGCGGCUGCAGUCACACACCUCGAGGCGGAGACAGAGGAUCUGGAGAAGGUCCACCCCAGACGGCGCUGGCUGUUUCUACAAGUGCUGACAAGGCAAGUUUGGCUGCGCGAGAUGGUCCCGGCGCUAAACGUCCGGUCCAAGUGGUACAGGAAGGCAAAAGACGUCGAGGAGGGUGAGGUCUUCCUUGUCAUGGAUGAGAGUACUCCGCGCGCGACAUGGCCUCUGGGACGCGUCACAGCCACAUACCCAGGGCAAGAUGGUGUCGUCCGUGCAGUCAACGUGAAGAUCAAAGGCAAGGAGUAUCGACGAUCAGUUCAUCGCCUCAUCCCACUGGAAGUAACAGAGGGUGAGGUGGAGCUCGACUCCGAGAACUGCCCAGCCACAGCCAACGUCAAUGUGGACAAUGUCACCAGCUGA